AUGCAGGAUCCGAGCUGUAAGAAGCAGGAGGUGGUGGUGGUAACACAGCACAACAACUUCGGCCUGGAGCACUGGGGCUCCGACACCCGACGUGUGGAGAAGACCCGCACCUUUAUGCUGGAGUGGCUCUCCUUCAUGUGCAGAUAUAUUCCAGUGGGUCUGUUAGAGCGAGUGCCUCAGAAGAUCAAUGAGAGACCUCCGUACUACAUGGGCAGAAACUAUCUGGAGUCACUGAUGGCAAAAUGUCAAAAUGUUGGGGACUGUGACAGGACUAGUGAAAUGCUACUUGGACCUGUACCGAACGAUUUCAACUUUUUGCCCAAACAUAAGGCCAACGCAUAAAAGUGAAUUUCUACUUCACUACUAAAAAAACACCCAGGUUUUU